AUGUCGGGAAAAGGAAAGACUGUCCUGAUCACCGGAGGAUCGGGUUUCGUUGCCGCUCAUGUCCUCAAUGCCUUCCUUGAGCGCGGUUACAAUGUCAGGACCACUGUCCGCAGUGAAGCGACUGCCGAGAACGUGAAGAAGUCUCACAGCAAGUACCUUGACCAACUGUCUUUUGCAAUUGUCAAGGAUGUUGCGCUUCCCGGAGGUCAUGACGAGGCUGUCAAGGGCGUCGACGGGGUCAUCCACACUGCCUCUCCCUUCGUCCUCUCAGUCGAGGACAACGAGCGCGAUCUCCUCCAACCCGCCGUCAGGGGCACCACCGAAGUCCUGAAAUCGAUCCAGAAGCACAACCCCAACGUGAAGCGCGUUGUCAUCACCUCCUCCUUCGCCUCGAUCCUCGACCUGAACAAGGGUCUGCGACCAGGCCACACCUACACCGAGAAGGACUGGAACCCCAUCUCCUACGAGGAGGCUGCGAAGAAGGACGCCCCAGGCCCCGUCGCCUACUGCGCCUCCAAGAAGCUGGCCGAGAAAGCGGCCUUCGACUACGUCGCCGAGCACAACCCCAACUUCAACAUCACCACCAUCUGCCCGCCCAUGGUGUACGGCCCCACGGCCCACACCGUGUCCGACCUCAGCAAGCUGAACACGUCGGCCGCCGAGAUCUACCACCUCAUGGACGGCAGCCAGAAGGAGGUGCCCGCGACCUCCUUCUACCUCUGGGUCGACGUCCGCGACGUCGGCGAGGCCCAUGUGCGCGCCUACGAGAACCCGGCCUCCGCCGGCCAGCGCUACCUGUGCACCGCGGGCCGCUACACCUUCCAGCAGAUCUGCAACGUCCUGCGCAAGGACUUCCCCGAGCGGAGACACCUGACGCCCGAGGGCAACCCGAACGAGCCCCUCCCCGACACGUACGAUGUCGAUACCACCAAGAUCCGGACCGAGCUCGGCAUCAAGUUCCGCUCGCUGGAGGAGAGUAUCCAUGAUAUGGCGGUGGAGUUUAUCCAGAUUGAGAAGCAGCUGGGAAUUAAGCAUUAA